AUGGUUGACAUAUGUAAGAUAAUUUUUUUAUUAUUUGCUUCUGUUUAUAUAGCACAAGCGAAACACGAAGAGUAUGAUGGACAUUCCUUGUACGAAGUCAAGGUCACUGACCUUGAUCAAGUUGAUAAGCUUAAUGCAAUUGUUCAAGACAUGAAUGUAGAUCUGUGGUCUUAUGCUAUCCCUGGCCGAGAAGGGCUAAUUUUAGUUGCAAAGAAUAUGAAGCCUCUCUUCGAAAAUGCACUUAAUAAAAUCGGUGUGGAGUACAAAAUUGAUACUGAAAAUAUUAAAGAAAAACUGGAACUAGAAGACAAAUUGUUAGCCGACGCGGCGAGAUCAAUCAAUGGUAGUAGAUCUGGUGCAGGUAUAUCUUUAGAUGUCAUUCACCGUUAUAAUGUGGUGGACCGAUACCUCACCGAUCUGGCCAACAGGUUUCCAAGAGUUGUCCGUGUCGUAUCCGCUGGAAGAAGUGUCGAAGGUCGUGAUAUUAAAUACCUAAGGAUAUCCUCCAACAAUUUCCAGGAUAGAAAUAAGCCCGUCGUUAUGAUCCAGUCCCUCCUCCACGCUCGUGAAUGGGUCACCCUCCCAGUGACUCUUUACGCCAUCCACAAAUUGGUGAUUGAUGUCACCGAACAGGAUCUGAUUAGAAACAUUGAUUGGAUCAUCUUGCCAAUCGCUAACCCUGAUGGAUACGAAUUUUCACACACCAGAACUCGUAUGUGGAGGAAAAACCGGAGGACUGGAUUCGGUAGCUGCGUCGGUGUUGAUCUAAACAGGAACUACGACUUCAACUGGGGAACUGCCUCCAGCAACUCAGCCUGCAGUGACACGUUCCACGGACCCAGAGCCUUCUCUGAACCAGAGACACAGAUCACGAGGAACAUUAUAAACGAAUUUAGGAGCCGUCUUUCUCUAUUCAUCGAUGCUCACAGCUUUGGAAGUCUGAUCCUCUAUGGCUAUGGUAAUAGACAGCUGCCACCAAACGCAUUGAUCCUCAACACAGUUGGUGUUCAAAUGGCCCAAAGAAUUGAUGCUGUCAAAUGGCCAGCUAAUCGCAAUUAUAGAGUUGGUAAUAUUGCGGCAGUUUUAUACCUCGCGUCUGGUGGUUCCAGUGAUUACGUUCAGUCUAUGAUCGGUCGUGGUCUUUCGUACACUUACGAACUGCCUGCUCAUAGAAACCUUAACAAUAUAAACGGUUUCCUGGUGGACCCGGCUUUUAUCCGUCAAGCUGGUUUUGAAACCUGGGAAGGAAUCAAAGUAGCAGCUCGUUAUGUUGUUCAGAACAGAAUGUAUUUUAAAAAUAACCAAACUGAUGAUCUUUUAAUGUUUGGUUAUUAG